AUGGACAACUCGACGGAGCCGACGGAGCCGCUAGCGCCGUCGUCCACGCCGCCGAUAUUGCGCAAGAGCUCGAGCUUGCCCGCGUACGAUCUGGCGCUUCGUGGAGACGACUCCGAUGCGGCCAACAGUAGCGGUGACGACAGCGCUCGUGUUGCCUCCAUCGCUGAGGAAGAUGACGUUGUAUCGCUCUCUUCGGCGUCAGAGCUCAGUCUGCGCGGCGGUAAGGGGGAGACAGCCAAGGAUACCGUGCCACAGCUGCCCAAAGUAGGCAGUGCGCGCUCCGCCCCGACACUCGAGCGAUCCCACACGUCUAGUGAACUCAUUGGCCUUCGCUCUAGGGAAAGACAAACGAACGAGUCGGCCUAUUCGAGUCCGUCCUCAGGAUCCGCUCCGUCUUUCGAGAUCGAGAGUGUGACGCUCCCUACGGAUGGAGUCACCGAGACGGAGAUUGACAAGACGACCCACACCGUCUUCUCAAUUGAGGUGAGACUGCAGGGAGGACUGCAAUGGCUCAUUCGUAAGCGCUAUUCGGACUUUAGAGAGCUACAUGAUCGGCUCAAGCGAACCAGCUCGCCCGUCAAGCAGUUGUACUUUCCUAAACGUCAUGUGUUCCGCAAUCGCCAUCAAAGUGUCGUGGAGCAGCGACGUAGUGAGCUGGAAAAGUACAUUAACGAGGUGUUGGACAUCCGGCCGCUCAUCCGAGUCCCUCUGUUUAACUUCUUGGAAGUGUACGCACACAUGGAGUCGUACGAACGCAAACUGCAGCGACACAAGAAGGAAUUGGAGUCCGAGAGGAUGAAGAACAUGCUGCCAUCAGAGCUGCUGGAUGAUUUCUCGGCUGCCUUCAAGCGGCUUUGCUCCUCCAAAUAUUUAUACCAUGGAAGCACUUCUGGUGGACAUAAGCCGGAGGCUGAGCCCUCGCGUGGGUCUGCAAGCUCGGCGCCAACUUCGUCGGGAGGACGCCCUCCGACGUCACCAGCAAAGGAUGUGACGACCUCGACCAGCACUGGAGAACCUUCGAAAGGCAGUACUACGGAUGAGAAUGGCAACCGCCACAGUGUCAUCAUGCACACGGCUGGAUCACAGAUCUGUAUUAGCCGCGCUUCCUUUCGUAGGGACAUCCUCGGUGUUUUCCCGGACAUGCCGUCGAGCUUCGCUAUGCGCUUUAUGAAAACCGUAUCCGAUCGUCAAGGCUCGGACAUUAACAUGGACGAGUUCCUACGUGCCGUGGCAGUUUUAAACUGCGGUACGAUGGAGGACCAGCUCAAAUUCAUCUUCAAUAUGUGCGAUCUGGAUCAUGCAGGAAAAGUGCAGAGUACAGGACUCAGCAACUUUCUGGUGUCACUUCAUGGAAGAAACGUGCUGGAUCGACCGGAAUAUCGUCGUCUGUUGAGUGAAGGCUUCGAUCAGGGUCGAGUACGCAUGAGUUGUGAUGAUUUUAUCAAGAUUGUCCCAGAACUCAAGGCAUAUCAUACUCUAGUGGACUGGAUGGCGCCUUUUGCCGAUAUAUUGUGCGAGACCGCCAAUCCACAGUUGCUGGAGUCACAGGAGGAGUUCAACCCUGUCGUACAGCAGAAGAUCCUCGCUAAUGAAACGCACUUUACUGCAAAGGAGGUGGCUGUCCUGCAGGACGCCUUUAACAACUAUCGCGCCUCCGGAGGCGGUGAUGCCGUGGAUGUGGAUGCACUUACCAGUGACUUCCCUUUGGAAAUGUCCGAGGAUCGGUUUUGUCGCGUGUUUACCAGCUUUGGCUCGCGUGCGAAUGGAUCUGAAAUUGACGUUUUCAGCUUCGUAAGCGCGUUGUCAAUUGCUUGCCGAGGCAUUACAAAGGAGAAGGCCGAGUUUGCCUUCAAGCUUUUUGCAAGCGUUGAGGACGGCUCGUACAUGACGCGUGAGGAUAUCUACAGUAUGCUGCGACUGGACAUUACGCAAAACCCGGAGCUGGAGAGCCAGAUUACGGCUCUCAUUGAGAAGAAGCACCCGUCGCUGAACGCCACGAAGAGCUCAUCAUCUUCGUCUCUGAUUGAGAGCAUGGAGCCACGAACACCGUCGGUAUCGGGGUCUGAAUUGGGCAUUUUCGUCGAUGGUAUCAUGAAAGGCUUUGGGAAGAGGAGAAGAGUUUGGGACGCCAGCUCGUCUUCAGCACAGACAGAGGCUCUAACUCUAACUCUCGACGAGUUCACAGCAUGGGCAAUCAAGCAGAAGUACGAAAUGGCUACGCUGCGAAUCAUGCGCGAGGUGGCGUUUAUCGAUCUUGGUUUGGUCCCGGCGACGAAGGAGGAAGAACUAUUAAUCGCGACGGGGUGCUACACUCCCUACGACCCCACUACCUUGGUGGAGGAUGAUCGGUGGUAUCUGCUUGAGCGCAAGUGGUAUAUUCAUUGGUGCCGAUACAUCAAGAUCCAUGUGAAGGAGUCUCUGGCGCUGUCGCCUCCAGUUUCGAACCCUCCUACGAGCAAUACGUCUACUUCGACUCCUAGCACGUCGAAGGUGCAGGUCAAUGGCGGUAGCACCUCCAACAAGGACAACUACAUGAAGAACCUCAAGGGAGAAAUUAUCCGUCCGAAGUGCAUCAAUAACUAUCCUCUGCUCACGAGUGAUCGUCGCGAUCGAAUCCUCAAGACAUCGGAUGAAAUUAAGCUUGGUCGUCACUACAUCAUCAUAGGCGAGCAGUUGUGGAUGGCGCUCAAGCUGUGGUACGGGAAGUCUGGGACGAAGAAAAAACUUUUAAAGAAGAAGUCUAAGAGCAAGGGAACCGACACGGAUAUGGAAGAGGAAGACGAUGAUGACGACGUGGAAGACGAUGCAUCGUCUGUUCCGUCUGAAGAGGAAAACCGCCGCAAGCAGGAACUUGCUCUUCCCCGCCGCAUGCGAUCGGGUGGCUCUGUUGGACUCGCGAAUCUCGGCAACACUUGCUACAUGAACUCUGCCUUGCAAUGUCUUACAAACACGAAGCUGCUGGCUGAGUACUUUCUCUCCGGAAUGUAUUUGGAGGACAUCAACCGCACCAGCACACUGGGACUGCAAGGUAAGCUAGCAGAAGUCUACGGCAAGCUCGCUGAGGACAUGUGGUGUGUGAAGCAGAAGUCCAUUUCUCCGCGAAACUUUAAGAAAUCCAUCGGCAAGUUCAACGAAGUAUUCCGUGGCAACGACCAGCAAGACGCUCAGGAACUUCUUGCGUUUCUGCUGAGUGGAUUAAGUGAGGAUCUAAACCGGAUUCAGGACAAGCCUUACAUUGAGCAGCCGGACAGCGACGGUCGCUACGAUGCUGAUCUGGCUGACGAGUGGUGGCGCAACCAUCUAAGACGUGAAGUAUCGAUCAUUGUCGCGUUGUUCACGGGGCAGUACAAGUCGCUGCUGACAUGCAGUGUAUGCGGCUUUAAGUCGGCACGCUUCGAGCCCUUCACCUUCCUCCAGGUACCGCUACCGGAACCCAAGCAUAACACGGUGACGGUGCAGCUAAUGCUGGCUAAUGGAGUCACUCCAAUGAAAGUGUCUGUCCGAUUAAGUAUCUCCGCGACGAUCUUUGAUCUGAAGCACGAGCUGAUGAAAAUGUGCCGCGAAGAGUUCGAUCUGGCUGACGUUACUGAGAGCGACAUCAAGUUGUGCGAGUUUAGCGGAUCGAUGAUCUUGAGCUUCAAAGCGGACAACCGCCGGGUGGGCCAGAUCCGCAGUAUUGACCGACUCAUUGCGUUCCAACUGGAACCUUUAGACCCAGAAACGAUUCAAGCCACUCGACAUCGUCGCCCCUCGUACGUCCAGACUGUUGGAUCGGGUAGUCUACGACCAGAUGAGACUGAUCAUUCUGCGUUCUACGAGAAGCUGACUAAGGGUGUGCUAGUUGAUGUGCGCAUGCGAACGCAAACACACGAGUACAUCCCGGCGGUUGUCUUGGAAGCGCCUACAGCUCAUGCUGACUAUGAAGACCAACCUGUUGUUCUAGUACGUCUCCGUCGCACAGAGGAUGAGAUCAAGGUGCCACUGAAUCGUCUCCGACCACGUCAAGCACGACUGCUGUACAUUCCGCUGCUUUCGCGUAAACUCAGCUACUCGGCUGUGUACUUUAAGAACCCGUUCAGGCCUGUGCCUUUCGGUUCGCCAAACCUUGUGCGACUCUGUCCAGAGCUUACGAGUGGCUUGCAGCUGUAUCAGUUGGUGUGGGAACGCGUAAAGCAAUAUGUGGGCCCGGAUGCAAAACCUCCAACCGAGUGGGACGAGGACGAGACGCGGAAUGCCGACCGCCUGGUUGCUAAUCAUAUUGACAGCGUGUUUGCGGGUCUCGACGAUGCGUCAGUGGUGUUUAGCUCCAAGUGCGGCUUCUUGCUGCGUCGCGUGGAGAACAAGGGACUGACCGAUUCGAGAUCAUCGUGGCUGACGCGUAGUUUCGGAUUAACAGUCCCGUGCACAUCGGAGCCUUUGGACAUUCUGGAAGAAGAAGCUAUUGCGAUUGACUGGGACCUCAGUGUGUUCCAAGACCGCGAGACGAUGGACACGAUGAAGCACGUUGAAAACCACGAAAGCGUCGCACGUAACGAGGCUAUCGACAAAGGCCCUGUGCCGUUGAAACACUGCUUGGAUGCAUUCACAAGUGAGGAGAAGAUCAGCGAGGGCUACUGCUCCAGCUGCAGGAAACACCAGGAAAUGACGAAGAAGCUCGAGAUUUGGCGUCUACCGCCUGUGAUGGUGGUGCACUUGAAGCGUUUCCAGUACACACAGACGUAUCGACGGAAGCUCGCGUCACUCGUGGAGUUUCCUAUUCAUGACCUGGAUCUCCAGUGCUGCGUGGCUCCACAUUUUGAAAUACCGGAGAAAUAUCCAAUGAAGAGAUUCAAGAGUACUUCAAGUGGACUGUCAGCCCCUGCUCGUAAGCUGAUGAAGCUCAGAUCUCGUGGCGGAAGUACCGCUAGAGAGAAACCUGAAGACAAGUCGUCAUCACCCGAUGCAAAGGCUGACAGCACUGCUACGACGGACACCGAGGCCACUUCUACUACCACGACCGAUAGUCAUCGUGCAUUCGCGGCCCAAGCGCAGCAGAGGUGGGCAACCGCGUAUUUCCUCGCGGUUUGGAUCACCGGCUGGGCCCGUCUUUUGAUCGAAUGGUAUUACUACGACGACGAACGUGUCCGUGUGGUAGAAGACCAGCAAGUCGUUAGCCCGUCUGCCUACUUACUCUUCUACCUCCGUUCAGACAUGGAAGGCGUGCUGGUGAAGGACUUGUUCCCGAAGAACAUGAAGCCAGGCAAGAUCACGGACGAGGACAUCGAACGUUUUGUCGAGGAAGGAGACGAGCGCCGCUGCAACAUCAUGUAA